UGGCACCGGAAGUGACUGAGGUCCUGGCAGAGGCUGUUGAACUCGUACCUCCAGCCCAGCUCCUGUUAACACUGUCCGGCGCUCAUGAGUCGUCGCACGGCCUCUCUUUUGUACUUUUAUCAACCUUUGUAGUCCCACUAGCAGGUAGCGGUGGCUGCCGUCGCGUAUAUCCAAUGAAAGCGGUGAUUCUUGCGGCGGGAUACGGAACCAGGCUCCAGAGAGAUGUGGAGAGCGACAGCAGCGGCAGGUUCAGCUCGCUGGCCGGCACCGCCAAGCCGCUGCUGCCCGUGGGCCGCCGUGCCCUCAUCUCCCACUGGGUCCAUGCGCUGAGAGCCUCCGCCUGGGUGGACUGCAUCUACGUGGUUACUAAUGCUCUUUACCAUACAGCGUUUGAAGAGUGGGCCGCAGAGUUCCCAAAUGUCAAGAUUCUCAGUGAUCAGACAAGGAGCAAUGAUGAGCGCCUUGGUGCCGUGGCCUGCCUGCAGCUUGCUGUAAAGCACUUUAACAUAAAAGAUCACGUCAUAGUUAUUGGGGGUGACACCCUCUUCAGAGAAGAUUUCAGCCUCAGGAAGGUGAAAGAGAGAUUUUCUGAAGUGCAAGCAAAGUUUGAGGACAGCUGUCUUGUGCUUUCUUACCAGUGUAAAGAUGACGAGACUACUAAAUAUGGUAUACUGGAGGUGGAUGAGGAUCUGCGGGUCCUCUGUAUGAAGGAGAAACCACUUCCCUCUGACACAAAAUCAAGGAGUGCAUGUCCUUGUUUCUAUUUGUUUCCAAAGAAAAGCCUUCCUCUCUUAGAUGUUUUCCUUGAAGACAAGAAGGAAGCUCCCAUUGAAGAAAAAGACGCUCCAGGAAACUUUGUGUCUUGGCUCAUUCCAAGGAAGCCAGUAUACAUUCAUCAGAUCUCUGGGCGUUUUGACGUUGGAAACUUGGCCUCCUAUAUUGAAUGCGACCUGUAUUUUAAAGAAAAACUUCAAGAUGCUGAGUCUUACAUGGUAUAGGAGACAUAAAUUAAGGAAAACUUCAACUUUAUUAUGCCACGUUGCAAAAUAAUUAAGGCAAGCACAGGAAAGAAAGCAAACACAAAUUGUGUCUUUUUAGCCAGGUUAAAGAAUGUGUGACUGUAAAUCAUCAAUUGUGACUGUAAAUAUGCAACAAAACUAUUGCUUUUGUAAUUUUAUAAUGUAUAAUUUCUAUUAAAAUCCUGUUUUCAAUUAAAAAUUAAUGACCUGUC